UUAGUGCACGGUAUACCUUGAUGGUGUCGAGUCCAGUGGAAAGGUAACGUGGUGAAGAGAACCGAUAUCUCCUUCUCCGUCUCUCAGUACACCUUGCAGGUCCGAAGAAGUGGAGGCACCAGUAACUUAACUUCAGUUCGUUCUUUUCAGUUGGAGGAUUGCCGCAGUUUUCAGUGUUUUGACAUUUUAUUAUUUCUCUUUGUUCGGUUACAUUCGAAAAUUCCGCGUUUUGACCUUUUUUUCAAACGAUUGUGCUUGUUUUGAUUGGUGGUGUUUGUUUGUGAGCCGAAAUUUGGAUUUUUCACGUAGCUGUAUUUGUUUCUAUUUCGUACAGAUUUUUCAACUGUGAAUCGUCCCUCCUCUUCUUCGACAAUGUUGCGAAUUACUUGUAUUAUGAACCAUUUUGUACGCAACACAUCAUUUUAAAGUCGAACAUGCUUCAGAGUUUAGAAGAUUACAUAGUAGAAAUGGAAAAACGCAGUGCCAUACAAAAACCAUCAUCAUCCUCAGAUGUCAACGACGAUCUUUGGGCUCAACUCCAACAAAAGGAUAACGACCUAGUGCUCGCAGCUGAAUUAGGAAAGGCCCUCCUUGAUAGUAAGGAAGAACUGAAGAGGCAACAUGAAGCUGUAGUGGAGGAUUACCAAAGGAGACUAGAGGCUGUCGAACAGGAUAGACACGUUUUGAAACGAAAGUUGACCAACAGAGAAUCCGAAUUAGAUGCAAAAAUAAUCGAACUGCAAAAUGACGUUACAGCCUUAACCGAAAAUCUUUCAGCCAAGGACAAUCUCUUGAAACAAUGCGAACGCGAAAAAGGUAGCCUGGUUGCAGAAUUAAAUGCCCAGAAUUCAAGGUUAACUUCCCAGCUCAAAGAAGCGAAUGCUGUUGAAAAUCGCCUUCAACAACAAGUACAACAGUUGAAGGAACAAUGUAGCCUUAGCAAAAGCACCUUAUACGACCACAUGAACUCAGUUGGUGGACUCAGAGAGGAACUUGAUAUGCUUUCAGAAAAAAAUAGAGAAUUAGAAAGGAGACUGCAUGUUAUUUCUAGUGAAAGAGAUAGAUUAGCAAACGAUUUAGAAGAAGCUAGUGAUAGGAUUAUUUUAAUGGAGAGGCACACAAGAGAGCAAGACAUCAGAUACAAGCAUAGUAUAAAGGAACUGAGUAUGCCUCAGGAACCCAUGUCAAUCGAGGAUAGAAUACAUGGGAAUCCCGAAGAAAACAGAUCUCUUCUUGCAGAAAUGGACCUUUCCGAACCCACCCUUUCACAAGAAUGCAUGACGGUCUACAGACAGCUCAGGUCUUUGGUACAACAUAUCAAAUCGCACCAAGAUGACGAUAGUGGACUACACAGCGAUUGUUCUACCACUUCUUUGGAUGAUAACAGCCAGUUUGCUACAGGUCUACUCAGUGAGGUUGCUCAAGAGCUUGUCAGCUUGGUUUUGGAUACAGAUGCCGUAAGACUUAUAGAACGUUUAGAAGAAGCACAUAGGGAGAUUCAAGAUAGAGAUUUGGAGCUCUCCAAGAGACAGGAGAAGAUGAUGGAACUCAGUUCAAGGAUAUCUGUUUUUGAUGUUGAGCUGCAGGCAGCUAGAGAGGACCUCCUCAGAGCAAGAAAUGACGCUAUAAACACAUCUGCACAAGAUGAAGUCGUCACUAAGGCCAGACACGAUAGAGAUAUAGCAAUAGAAAGAAAAAAUAAACUCGAGAUAGAAUUGGCAAAGACUAGGAUGGAUCUGAUGCAAGCCAAUGGUCAAUUGAUGGAAGCAAUUCAACAGAAGGUCGAGUUGAGUCAACAGCUAGAACAGUGGCAGAUGGACGUACACGAACUAUUAGAAGAACAGGUCAAAAACAAGCUCACUUCCCAAGAAGUCAAAUUAAGGUCCGCAGUGCAAUCAGCACCUAUACCUCCUCCUAGAAAAAGGCUGCUAGGCUUUUUAUACCGAUAGCAAUUAAUGCGAGAUAUGCAUAUUAAAAUGUCACUUAAAAAAGAUGAAAAUAAUUCGUGAUGAUUGUACAUUGAAAAACGAAUUAUAUAUUUACAUUUGGUCUCUAACUGAUAAGACUUGAUUUUAUUAAGCAAUAUGAAAGAUGUACUUAAUUUCCACUGUGAUUUUUUUAUUUAUUAAUAGAACUGACUUUUCUUAUCAAAAUUUGUGAUUCAGUGUUUUUCGUUCGUAGUUUCAUAUGAGAUUACAACGUUUAAUUUUACACAUUGUAUUUAUAUUAUAACAAUUGAACAUUCAUGAUUUUUUUUACAUUUAUAUAUUGCAGAGAGAGGUAGCGCCAUCUAGAAAAGCAUGUCACGAAUUCGAAACGUCAAAUAUACUAAGGUGUUGUGUAAAUUGAUUCAGAAAGCCUAAAAGGUAUUUUAAAUGAAAGCGUGGAAGGCUUUUCAAUUGCUUCUCUUUGUUAUUGAUUAAAAAUUUCAAUUAAGGAGAUUGUGCAAAAAAUGUAUCCAAAAUGAUAUGGAAUUCACGUUUGAUUUGAAACACAAUAGAGGCCUUUAAAAGCAUUUCAUUAACUGUGAAGUUAUAAUAUAUAAUUAAUCCAUUGUAAAUAUUCCACUUAUUCUGUCAUUUUCACUAUAAACACUUAUUUAAGGUCAAAAUGUUGUGAUUUGUAAAUGUAUAGAUAGGUAGUUAAUCAAAAUUGACUAACUAAACCAAAAAUAUUUAAUGUUUAAAAACAUUUGCAUUUAUAAAGUUUUUCAAGAUUUAUUCCGUCCAAGAAGUGCUUGAAAAUUGUUACCCUGAGUAAAUAGAUAUAUUUUACCAUUUGAAA